AUGAAAGGUCGCUGGCGUUACACUCGGCUGCCCAGCCAGGUGGAGGACGCUCUGUCUGCGGAGGAGGGUGAGGAGGAGGAAGGGGGGACAGCCCCAGCCGCAGCCCCCGUCUCAGCUCCUGCUCCGGAAGAUCCCGUGGGGCCCCAACUGGCAGAAGCCAGCCAGGUUCUAGGAGCCUCGGAGAUUAAGCAGCUCAGCCUCCACCUCCCGCCACGAGUCACCGGACAUCCCUGGAGCCUGGCCUUCUGCACGUCGAGAGAUGGCUUCAGCCUGCGCAGCCUGUACAGGCAGAUGGAAGGCCACAGUGGGCCGGUGCUGCUCGUGCUGAGGGACCAGGAUGGCCAGAUGUUUGGAGCCUUCUCUUCCUCAGCCAUUCGACUCAGCAAAGGCUUCUAUGGUACUGGAGAGACAUUCCUCUUCUCCUUCUCCCCACAGCUAAAGGUCUUUAAGUGGACAGGAAGCAACUCUUUCUUUGUGAAAGGAGACUUGGAUUCACUGAUGAUGGGCAGCAGCAGUGGCCAGUUUGGGCUGUGGUUGGAUGGAGACUUGUACCAUGGGGGAAGCCACCCUUGUGCAACCUUCAAUAAUGAGGUGCUGGCCCGGCAAGAGCAGUUCUGCAUCAAGGAGCUGGAGGCCUGGGUCCUGAGCUGAUGCAGCUUUCUGAAACAACAAAUGCUUGGACCUGCUCAUGAACACCAUCUAGACCCUCCUUAGAGAGGGUUGCCCAUUUUCUCCAAAACCUGGAUGACUAUGGCUGUGACCAAACCUCCCUGUGGCCUGGGGACCCGAGACAGUCCUGGAAGCAAGCAGUGUUCUCCAGGACAGGUGACUCUGGAGUGAAAGGUACUCACACCUCAUCUGAGCAGCACAAAGACCCUCAUGACAUUUCUUUAUUUUUUAAAGUAGGCUCCAUGCCGAGCAUGGGGUUCAAACCCAUGACCCUGAGAUCAAGAG